GGUGCUAGGUGUUAGCCAUGCUUCCCCUGAGCUGCUGCUCCGGUAUUAUAUGGAUAACCAGAUUACCUGAUUCUACGUCCGGUGUCAAGGGUCAAACGUCAACUAGUGAUUGCCAUAGUCGCGCAGAGCUGGCGGAGAUCUUCAUAUUUUCAGGUAAAUAAAGGAGUGCAGAAGUAUGGCCUCCAAUAAGGACGGGGCAGGCCGCCCCACACCUGGCGCCAGUGGAACGUCAGGUAACGCCACGCCGUCCUCCCCCCUGGUGGCCAGACGAGGGCGGGGGGCCCCUCGCAGGCUACCGUCCAUACGCAGUCCCAGGGACCUCACGUUAGGGGGUGUACCUAAGAAAACAUUUACCCCCAACAUUCCAGUUCGAAAGGAGAGGAACAAAAAUGGGGAAUCAUCUACAAGCAAGCCAGAACAGAAGGGCAAGUCAUCAAAAAGGGGAGAGGAGAGGGGGAGAGGCCGUGGGGGGAGGGGUCGAGGUAGGGGGAGGGGCGAUGUCAUCAGGACACACUCCAUCUUUGAGGAUGGUCCAGCUGGGAGACAGGUCCGGAGAGGAGGAGGAGGUGGAGGUGGGUCCUAUGGUCCCUCUGACAUGCCUGCACCUGUGUUCAAGGCUGGGAGUAGAACUGACAUCCCGGAGAACAAGGAAGACACCAAGAAAAUCCUCAAGGCUCUGCAGAGAGAUGACUUUGUCAGUGACAUGGGCUAUAAGGAGACAGAGAAGAGUCUCCUGCCAGUGCAGGUGCCUCUAGUAACAACUGGGUCACUUAUAAAGCACAAGGAAGAGGAGGAGAUGGAGACAGAUGUCAAAACUAACAUCAACGUAAAGUCAGAGCCUGUAGAUGACGUUGAGAUGGAGGAUUUGACUGAACCAAGUGUCUCAACUGCACCUGUCAAAGCAGCGCCUUCCCGGGUUAAAUCUGAAGUGGGACGGGGCAAAAGGGUCACUUGUUCAGAGUUGUUCUGCAGUAAGGCUGGGAACGACGGUGAAAUGCUGUUCUUCCAGUUACCGGACACCCUCCCCAUCCUCCCACCUUCCCGAGAUGAUGAUGUCAGAAGAGAAGUCAAGAAGGAAGAAGAGAAGAUCAAACAAGAAAAGGAAGAGGACAAAGCUGAAGUUGCCUCAGUGCUGCCCAACAUGUCGGAGGGUUACAUCGGAAAGCUGCAGGUCCUGAAGUCAGGCAGGACACGGCUGGUGUUGGGGGACGUCGCUCUCGAUGUCAAUAUGGGAAGUCACUGUUCCUUCCACCAGGAGUUGGUGUCUGUGAGACAUAAUGCUGAGGAACAGACAGGAGACAUGACCAUCUUAGGCCCUGUGAAUCACAGACUAGUCUGCACUCCUGACUUUAACAGUUUACUCAAGCUGAGUUAGCACCUACAUUGUAAACACAUAUAUGUAGUACAUGUAGGUUAUGUCUUUGGAAACCCUGUCUAUAGGAGACUUCUAUACAGGUAGCGUCCUUUUUGUUCAUUUGGCAGAGUUGUCAUUUAUUUACCAUCUAAUCUGAGUUUUUGGAGCAGGAAGAGAUACCCUGUAAAAGAGUUUAAGUGGUUUAAUAUACAUAUACAUCUAAUAGGAAGUAUAGGUUCACAGAUGGCUCAGUACGUUUUAUUGCUUCAAUACUUUGUGAAGAUUCUGAAGCUUCUAACCAGACUGACAAAAAUUGUGACUGUCUUUAAUAAUGUAUGGAUCAAGAAAUGUAAAUAAACAGUUCAUGGAUACCG